AUGGUUAGAACGAGAAGAAAUAAUGUAAUGAAUUCUCAGAAAAGCUUCAAAGAGCCAUCAAGUUUUUAUAAUUUUUUAAAUGGGGUAUUUUGUAUUUGUGGUAUAUAUUUUUUUUUUAUCAUUUUUGGUUAUUAUCAAGAAAAAUUACCAAAUUUGGGAAAAGGGGAAGAAAAAUUUUAUUAUAAUAUAUUUUUGAUAUGUGUCUUGUGUUUAUCUAAUUGCAUUUGUAGCUUAACAGCUAUAUUUAUUAAAAGCAAAUUGCAAAACAAUAAAUUUAUAAAUGAUUUGAAAAAUAAUGUAGAUACUUACUUUAUUAAACAAAUAAUGUUGAUAUCUAUUACCUAUUCAGUAGCCAUGAUAGCUACAAAUUAUUCUUUGAGUCAUGUUAAUUUCCCAACUCAAGUUCUUGUGAAAUCAGGAAAAAUGAUACCAAUAGUAGUUGGUGGAUACUUAUUUUUUGGUAAAAAAUAUCCUUAUUACGAUUAUAUUGCUGUUUUUUUAAUUACAUCAUCUUUGGUAAUAUUUAAUUUAUUAAAAACAAAAAGUGCAAAGGAAAUUCAUCAAACUACCUUUGGAAUUUUUCUUUUAUGUAUAUCAUUAUUUUGUGAUGGUUUAACUGGGCCAAGACAAGAUAAGUUAUUAAGUAAAUAUAAUAUUAAUUCCAUUAAUUUAAUGUUUUACGUUAAUUCUUUUGCGUUUGCUUUUAAUUUAAUCGCAUCUUUAAUAAUUGAAGGUUUAAAACCUUACUAUUUUUUAAGUAAGUAUACAGACUCUUACUAUUAUAUAUUAGCCUUUUCAUUAAGUGGAACAUUCGGACAAUUUUUUGUUUUCAACUCUCUUAAAUUAUAUGGUAGCUUAUAUACUAGUCUUUUCACAACUUUAAGAAAAGCAUUAAGUACAAUUGUUUCUGUAUAUUUAUUUGGUCAUGUGCUAAAACCAUUACAAUGGUGUUGUGUUUUUGUCAUUUUUUCUACUUUAAUUGUUCAAAAUUAUUUAAAGCAACUAUCAAAAAAAGUUCAAAAUAAAAGAAAAUAG